CAAAGAUCGAAACCAUACAGAUUCAGGAUAACAAACACAAGUCCUUUACUUGCAAGAUAGACAUCAAUUCAACUAUGCCUUUCUCCAAGGAAAACUGGUCUCCUCAGGAUGCCAUGAAAGCUUACUUGCAUGCCCUUCAGCUGAGGAAGCAAUGUGCUUCAUCAAUCAUAGAACCCAAAUCAAUGGAGCUGGUGGCAGCAUUGGCAGCAGGCAAGAGAUCAAAGCUAAUGGUGGAGAUCACUUCCUCACCAAAUGUCAUCACCCCACUGACAAUGGCACUUGCUGUUGCAGCAAAGCAAACAGGAGGGAAAGUAGUUCUUUACAGUACUAAUCUCAACAAUAUUCCUUCUUCAUCAUCAUCAUCAUCAUCAACUCAUUUGGAGUCAAUGGAGCUUGGAGAUGUAGUAGUGGAGCAUGUUUCUAGUAGUGAUGGUGGCUUGGGUCUCAAGAAAUACAAAAGGGUUGAUUUUGCUGUGGUGGAUGGGGAUGUAGAGCAUCAUGUGGAGCUCUUGGGGUUGCUUGAUGUGAACCCAAUUGGGUCAAUGAUUGUGGGCCAUAACUUGGAUAGGAAGAAAGGGAAGGGUGGUUACAAAGGUGGUUGUUCUUCUUUUGGGGAGGCUUUGGGGAGGAACAAAGAAGGUUGUUAUUUUGUGAGCUUGCCAAUUGGGGAUGGUGGGAUGGAGAUGGCAAGACUUGGUGGUGGUGGUGGGUGUUGUGGUAAUGUGCCUGUUGGGAUUGGGAGGAAGUACAAGAGGUUCCAUGUCACAUUUGAGGAGUGA